AUGGCACUGCGCACCGGGAGGACUUGGUUUGGGCAGGUCUUGCGCAGGGUCUCUCGGCUGCAAGGCUCCUGGUCCAGGCGAUCGAGCAGUCUCUUGUGUCUCUCCACGAACCAGGAGCAGGAUUUGGGGUUCUGCCACCGGGAUCACCACAAGGCGGGGGGCUCCAACUCCGGCGUUCACCGGAGCGCACCUUUCCGCGCAUCCGCCUCCAGGCGCUGUCCACACGGCUAUUCCCACGCUUGCUGCGUCUUCCCGGAGAAUCCGAGGGGACAUGAGCCCCUCGGUCGCCGGUUCCUGUUGGCCAUGAAGCGGCAAAACGUGCGGACCCUGUCCCUGAUCAUUUGCACGUUUACAUACCUGCUCGUCGGGGCCGCUGUCUUUGACGCCCUGGAGUCCGACUUUGAGAUGCGCGAAAAGGAGCAGCUGGAAGCCGAGGAGAAGCGUCUCCAGGGGAAAUAUAACAUCAGCGAGGAUGAUUACCGCAAACUGGAGAGCAUCAUCAUGGAGGCUGAGCCCCACAGAGCCGGGGUGCAGUGGAAAUUCGCAGGUUCAUUUUACUUUGCCAUCACGGUUAUAACCACGAUAGGCUAUGGGCAUGCAGCGCCAGGGACCGAUGCAGGAAAGGCCUUUUGCAUGUUUUAUGCCGUCCUGGGAAUCCCUUUGACUCUUGUCAUGUUCCAAAGUCUGGGCGAGAGGAUGAACACUUUUGUCAAGUACCUUCUGAAACGCAUCAAGAAGUGCUGUGGCAUGCGCAUCACUGAUGUGUCCAUGGAGAACAUGGUGACGGUGGGAUUUUUCUCCUGCAUUGGCACGCUGUGCAUUGGGGCCGCUGCGUUCUCCCAUUAUGAGGACUGGAGUUUCUUCCAGUCUUACUAUUAUUGCUUCAUCACAUUAACAACUAUCGGCUUUGGGGACUUUGUGGCCCUUCAAAAGAAUCGGGCCCUCCAAAAGAAGCCCCUUUAUGUGGCCUUUAGCUUCAUGUACAUCCUGGUGGGCCUUACAGUCAUCGGGGCCUUCCUCAACCUGGUGGUCCUCCGUUUCCUGACUAUGAAUAGUGAGGAUGAGCGGCGAGAUGCCGAGGAACGGGCCUCACUCGCUGGUAAUCGGAACAGCAUGAUCAUCCACAUCCAGGAUGAAUCGCUGCAUCGGGGCCGGCGGCGACGGGAGCCAUACCGGGCAGAGGUGACUGACUUGCAGUCAGUGUGCUCCUGUAUGCACUAUCACUCACAUGACAGCUCUGGGCCAGGGGUUGGAGGUCUGGGAUGUGCCUUCUCCCACCAGAACUCAUUCAGCUCACAGCUGAACCCCAACCAGUACUUUCACUCAGUUUCCUACAGGAUCGAGGAGAUCUCGCCCAGCACCUUGAAAAACAGCUUUUUCCCUUCGCCCAUCAGCUCGGUGUCUCCAGGCCUUCACAGCUUCACAGACAAUCACCAGCUCAUGAGGAGAAGGAAAUCUAUCUAA